UUCACUAGCAGCAGAGGCGUUGGACAAACAUGGCGUGUCUAGAUUCCUAACUCGGAGGCUGCAUCCGGGCCGUGGUCCGCAGGGAUCGGGUUACCGCGGGGGCGUGCGCGGUGCGAAUGUCAAGGAACCCCGGCGCGGGCGCCGAGUCGUCAGUCGCAGACCCGCCGUCGACAUGUCUGCCCGCGCGCGAGCUUCGCGAGCCUUCUGCCGGCUCGCCGCGAUCUUUGUGGUCGCGAUCGCCGCGAAAUGCGAUAUCAGUGGAGAUAUUUCGUGCAACAGAGAUGGAUUUUACGCAGACUAUGACACGGAUUGUCGGGAGUACGUGAGGUGCUCCGGCGGCUCAGCGACCGGCCGUUACAUGUGUGGUCCAGGGCGUGCUUUCAGCGAGUUGGCCGGCGCAUGUGUGUCCCGAAGGCAGCAACCAUGUGUGCGUCGCGUCUGCGCCCCAGGAGAUACCCUCGCGUACGCUACACCCGACACCGCCUGCCGGCAUUACUAUCGCUGCGAGAACGGGACCGCCGUAGAACACGCCUGCCCUUCGGGCGCGUGGUUUGACUUGGAGCGUCAGGCUUGCACUCGCGGUGCUGGAACAUGCUACGAGCCGUUAUGCACGGGCUUACCCGACGGUGAUUAUCCGGACUCGUCACAUGAUUGUAGCCGCACAUUGCGCUGCCGCGGGGCUGAACUACGCGCGGUCCUUUCAUGCGGGGGACCGUGCGACCCUACGGCCACUUGUCCACCUCCGCGCUCAGCCGCGAUACCUCUGCCAGCUGGUGAUGCAGACUUUUGCUCCGACGAGACGUGCUCCUCUCUCUGUCAGCACGCAGAAGACGGUGCGUAUGCAGACCGCUCGACUGGCUGCCGAGAAUACUUCGUGUGCGAGGAGCGGCGCGUUAUUCGCCGCGGAGUUUGCGAACCCGGACUGCUAUUCGCCGGUGGCCAUGGCACUUCUGGAGGAUGUUUACCAGCAGAUCGUACAGAGUGUCUUCCUCCCGCUCGCAGCCCAUGCUAUAAUCGCCACGACGGUCGUCAUCGAGACUGGCGCGACUGCUCAUCUUGGUACGAGUGCCGGCGAGAGCGCGUGGUUUCGCGUGGCUCGUGCGGUGCUGGACUCGUCUUCGAUGGGACAAACUGCGUGCCACCGGGCGCCUUUGCAUGCGAAGGUCCCACGCCGGCGGACGAGUGCGAGCUGCGCCCGAGCGGGACAUACCAGGAUUUAGAGUCAAACUGCACUCGUUAUUUCCACUGCGAGGGAAAGCUCCGUACAAUGAUGUCCUGCGCGUCCGGUCUAGUGUUCGACGGCACGCGUUGCCGCGGAGGCACAGCCUGGCGCGACUGUCCGAGCCUGGCCACGGACGGGUGCUACGGACGCGCGGAUGGCCGAUACCGCGCCCGCGGCGCGGGUUGCCGCGGGUACUACGCGUGCACGGGAGGCGAGAAGGCCGCAUACGCGUGUCCAGCGGGCAGCGCGUUCGAUGGUGAUGCGUGCGUGCCGGCGCCGCGCGCGGGCUGCAGCGACGAUGACUACUCCUGCAGCAGGCUGGCUGAUGGAUACCAUGCCGACCUCGAAACUAAUUGCAACAGCUACUUCUACUGCGAAGGCGGCGACCGCCUCGCAACACUCACCUGCCUCGGCGGCAAGAUCUUCGACGGCAGAGCCUGCGUUGACCCCAUCCACCACGACUGCGGCGCGCCUCGCCGAGCUACCCUCGAGAACGGAGGCAGCCGCUGCGAAAAGGAUGGCUUCUUCGUGCAACCGGGGACAGAGUGCAAGAGCUACUACUUCUGUGUGACGGGGGAGAGGACGUACCUGACCUGUCCUGCGCAGCAAGUGUUUAACGGACAAGUGUGCGUGCCGAGCUCUCAGUACUCCUGCCCUGGAUGAGCGGCCAGGUUCCAACCGGUGGUCCGAACCGAAAGACCUUAACCAAGACCAUGUACUAGGAUGUUGUUGUU